AUGUGCGAGUAUAGUCAAAUUAAAUAUAAGCCCUCAUUUUCAUAGAGUUUAGUUUAGAUGAUAGAUGAAGAAAUAGCUAAAAAUGAUGAAUUAGAAGAUAUUGAAAUUAGCAAUUAAUAUGGAUUAACAAUUUGCUUUGUUGGACAUAAUAAAAUAUUAAAUGAAAGAACUAUAAUGAGAUUUACAAACAUCACUAUGUACAAUGAGCAAUCUAUGCAAGGACCUAAAUAGAUAUUUAAAGAUUUAGAGAAAAUAAAUCAUCCAAGAAUUCUCAAAAUUAAGCAAUAUUAAAUGAUUAAAAAGUAUAAUAACUCUUAAUACAGCCUUUGCUUUGAAAAAUUAGAGUAUUUUGAUAAAAAAUAAAGUUUAAGGGAAUUUCUAAAUGAAAAGACAAUAAAUAAGCAGUUUCCAAUAAAUAUGUAGUUUUCAAUAAUAUUACAAGUGUUUGAUGCUGUUGCUGCUCUCCACGCUGCUAAUUUAUCAUUUGGAAAUAUAAUGCCAAACAACUUUUCCUUUUCAGAAAAUGAAAUCAAGUUUACAAAUUAUGAUGUUUUUAAGCUUAAUCAAUAACCUCUAGAUCUUGAACUUCUUUACUACAAGAGUCCAGAAUAAAGAAACAAAGAUAUUGGUGAAAACUACAAAAUAUUUUCAUCAGAUAAUGUUAAUCAAGGAGAAACUUACAAAUACCAUAAUUAAUAAUCAGAUUCGUAUUUGCUUGGCCUUAUAAUUUUAGAUGUAAUUGCUUUUAAUUCAUUCAAUCCUAAAGAGAGAAUAAAAAAUAUGGCAUUUAUAUAAGAUAGUAAUAACAUUAAUCCUUAUAAUUUUCCUGUUUAAAAUACCUUCUUACUCGAAAAAGCUAAGAUUUUGUUGAACCCAUAAAGCCAUCUCAGGGGAAAUAUAAUUACUCACCUUAGAGAUUUAGUUGAAGAAGAAAAAAGCUUAUCAAGAGGGAAUUUCUAAACUUUAAUUUCAUCUCUUAAGCUUAGUGAAGUUCCAGAUAAAAAGAUAUUUGAAAAAAGUUGGUUUUAAUUCUUGAUUACUCAUCUUGAGGAAUAAAAUGAUUUGAAAAAUUUAGUUAUUUUAAGCUAGGAACCUUACAUGAUAAAAUUUAGAGGGAUAGAAAUAUAAACAGGGAGAAUUUUCUGUCUUCACAUAGAAAACAUUUCUUCAUUAAACAACAAUUAAUUAGAAUAUACAAACAAACAACAAAAACUCAUUGAAAAAUUAAAUCAUCCAAAAAUAGUUAAAUAUUGUUACAGUAAACCAGUAAAGGCUUCAUAAAGAGAUGCGUUUUAUUAUUUUAUUAAAUCUAAAACAGAAUACUAUAGCCAGGAAUAUACUCUAAAUUUAAAAGAUUAUCUUGAAAAGUUUAAGGUCAGCAUGACCUCCAUUCACAAAUAAAUACAAUACAAAUUAAUUAUCUAAUUGUUAGAUGCAAUAAGUUCAGCUCAUCAAGAUGGCAUUUAAGUUAUUGAUAUUUCCCCAAAGACAAUAUUCUUAAAAAAUACAGAUAUUAAAGUUUGUAUAGGAGGUUAUAAUUCCAUUAUCUACAUCUAUGAUAAAAAUAUUGAAAAUAUGGAUCAGUAAAAAAACAGUAUCCCUUAUAUUAGCCCAGAGGUGCAUAAAAAAUUUUAUGGUUUAUCAAAAUAAAAAAUAUCAAGCUAAUAUGCUUAAAAAAAUAAACUUGAUUAGAACGCAAAGUUAAAUUUAUAAUCAGAUAUAUACUCUAUAGGUGUUGUAAUAUUGGAAAUUCUGUUUUGCAAAGUUUUAUAAAGAGUUAACUUGCUUCAAAUAGUUGAAGAUGUCUAACAGCAAAAGAUGCAAAUAUCAUCAGAUAUAGAUCCUUUUUUGUUCUAAAAAGCUUAAAAAAUGGUGUCAAUAAACCCAGAUGAUAGAGGAAAAAUUGUAGAAUAUUUGUUAGAAAUUAGCUAAAAAGAAAAAAAGACGUUUCCAAAUAGUAUUACUGAUAUUUUUCAAUAAAAUAUCAAAGAGAGCUUAGAAACUCUUGUAGUGAAAUCAACUUAAGAUUUGAUUGAAAAUUUUUUCAAAUUCAAGAAAAUACAAAUCACUUUAGGCCAAUAGCCUUUUAGUUCCAGUACUGACUAUCAAGAGCUUUUUGAAGUGCUCAUAAAGCAAUACGAUUAUGAUGCUCUUUUUUUUAAUUAAGGAUUUUAUGUUUCUCCAUGGGGAAUCAAUUGCUACGAGAAAAACAAAGUUUAGAAAGAAAUACUUUAGCAAAUAUGCAUUAUCCUUAAUUAGAACUAGCUACAGGAGUUUUGCUUAGAAGCCAAUGAUAGUCAAAUAUAUUUGGAAGAAUUUUAGCAUUUCACCAAGCUUUUGAAAAAUCAAGAUAAUUUAAAAAAGCUUACACUUGGAUUAGAAUCGAAUUAACUAUGUUUGCAAGGAUAAUAGAAUGCAAGAUCUUUCUCCAAAAUUUUUAAGAGAUCAAACAUGAAAUAUAUUAACUUGAAUUUGUCAAAUAAUAAAAUUCAUGAAGAAGGUUUUUUUGAAAUUAUGGCAAAUUUAGCUAAAAACAAAUAGCUCGAAUAUUUGAAGUUAAAUAUUAGAUCUAAUUAGCUUAGUAUUGUAGGAUGUGAAGAUCUUUUAUAAAAAAUCCAAUAACUUAACAAGCUAUCAGUUUUACAUUUGAAUUUAGGAAAUAAUAGGAUUGGCAAUAAAGGUUUUAUUAAUAUUUCUAAUUGUAUGACAGCUCUAGAAAAUUUAUUGGAAUUUUCGCUAAUUUUAUGCGAUAACAGUUUAGAUUAAGGAUUUGGAUAUGUGUUAAAUUCAUUCACCACACUCUCAAAAUUGAAAUAGCUCACUUUAUGGGCAAGCAAUUGCAAUAUCUAAGAAAAAAUAUUUGAAUUUAUGACAAAAAGCUUUAGCAGUUUUUACUCCACGCUCAAGCAUCUCUCAUUAAAUUUUAGAUCUAACAAUAUUGGGAUUAAGGGAUGCCAGUUCUUAAAUAAUGAAAUAUCUUAGUUAAAUAGCUUAAAUUAUCUUUAUUUAAAUUUAGGAAAUAUAGAAAUAAGUUAUGGAGGAUAGAAAUAAUUAGGAUAAAACGGUUUUAAAUUAAUUUCUGACUUACUAGCAGGUUUAACAGUAAAUUAAAUAGUUCUAAAACUGGAUGGAAAUAACAUAGAUGAUGAAAUAUUUGAUAUGAUGACUAAAAGUUUAAAAAAAGUAAAAAGACUCAAAAAUUUAGAGCUUACUUUACAAAAUAACCCUAUAUCUGAUUCUUUGAUACAAGAUUUCAGGUAAUCAUUGGAUUAAAGUUAAGUAAAGAACAAUCUUUGA